AUCUGAAUGUUCUUUUAGGACUGCAAAGAUUCCAAACCAAAUUUUUUCUGAGGGGAUCAUCAAAUUAUGAGACUAUAACAGGUUACCAGAAAAUUAUAGAAAAGUAGAAAUGUCAAGAGAUCAGACAGGCCGGCCGCGUUCAAAUCAUUUUGUCGAUAGUUUAAAGUUUCUAUCCUGCUAGAAGUCUUAUAUGCUUUAGUUUGCUCAUUCAAAUGUAAUGAGUAAUCAGAGUUGUUGCUGUUUUCAAUUAGGGGACAAGAUUGUAUUUUUAUUUGUUGACACCUAUUGAUGUUGGACUGCUGCCAAUGAAGGACUUUUAUUAUAACAUGUAGCACACACCUCAGUACCACACGCGGUUUCCUGUGUGAGUUUAAAAAAAAAAAAAAAAAAAACAGCUAGCGAGCGGUACAGCUAGCACCAGGACGUUAACGACGAAGUUUCACCUUAGUGGUACGGUACAGUCACGAGAGAAUAAGCAGUUUUCACGGGUAGCCUAAUUAAAUGCCAUUUCUGGUAUAUAAGGACGUCUGUUUUCCUUCUAUGAAUAUCUGCCGUUUCAUAUUCAGUUUACCCUGCGGGACACACGACGACAUUUCUUCACUGUAUGAAUCAGCCGUAGUUGAGUUGAUGUAGGAGGGGUGGUGGUAAGAUAGCUACAUUUCAAACGAGUCUGAACAGUCGGGGCGGACAUCCUGAUCGUAAGCACUUGCGUUCUCUUGUGUCGGCGAGUCUCAUACUCUCAUAAUGUUUAGCUGGUCCAAAGACGGGAGGAAAAAAGAUCCAGAAUUGUUUCAGAAUGUCACAGAGGGGCUACGUCGGUUGUACCGAACUAAACUCUUUCCACUGGAAGACGCUUAUCGUUUCCACGAGUUCCACUCGCCGGCACUGGAGGACGCCGAUUUUGACAACAAACCCAUGGUACUCUUGGUAGGUCAGUACUCGACCGGCAAAACAACCUUUAUUAGGCACUUGAUGGAGCAGGACUUCCCAGGUAUGAGGAUAGGUCCAGAGCCAACUACAGAUUCCUUCAUUGCCGUGAUGCACGGUGAGCAGGAAGGUGUGAUACCUGGAAACGCCCUGGUAGUUGACCCGAAGAAACCCUUUCGAAAACUGGACGCUUAUGGCAACGCUUUUCUCAACAGGUUCAUGUGCGCUCAGAUGAACAACCCAGUCUUGGAGAGCAUCAGCAUCAUCGAUACUCCAGGAAUCCUGUCUGGAGAAAAACAGAGAAUCAGCAGGGGUCAGUCACUCAGAGAGUUCUCACAGAACUCUCUUUCUCCCUCCUUUCUCUUUCUCCCUCACCCCUUCUCGUAA